CAACUGCUUAAACCAAAAAGUUCAACCACUCUCUCUUUGUCCCUUACUGCUUCUCUCCUCACCCUUUUCCUUCUUCCAUUUCACCCAAACAUGGUCUUAUCAUCACCAGCUGCCAUGCUCUUACUACUCCUUCUCUUUCUCGCUGGUCUCCUCAAUGUUUACUUCUCUGUGCCUUCCAAGAAUCUGUAUUCAUGGAUCCAAUCUUUUCUCUUCAAGAACCCUUCUGCCAAAGUCCCCCCCCUGAUAAAGAGCACAACUGCUUCUUGUAAUAGUACUGCUAUGGGAGAGCUUAAAAGCGUGUUUGCUACCUUUGAUAAGAAUGGAGAUGGCUUCAUAACAAAGCAAGAGCUGAGAGAUUCGCUUAAGAAUAUAGGAAUCUUCACUACAGAGAAGGAAGUUGAUGAAAUGGUGGUGAAGGUUGAUUCUAAUGGAGAUGGGUUGAUAGAUUACGAAGAAUUCUGCCUCUUGUGCAACUCCUCCUCCAUGGGCGGUGGUGACCAGGACAUGGUGGAAGAAGGCAGUGGUGGAGGAAGAGAAAUAGCAGAAGAAGAAGAAGGAGAUUUGAAGGAAGCAUUUGAUGUGUUUGAUAGGGAUAAAGAUGGGUUGAUAUCAGUUGAAGAAUUGAGUUUGGUGUUGUCAUGUUUGGGAUUAAAGGAAGGAAAAAGAGCAGAAGAUUGCAAAGAAAUGAUCAGAAAAGUUGAUAUGGAUGGAGAUGGAAUGGUUAAUUUUGAUGAGUUUAAGAGAAUGAUGAUGAUGAGUGGAAGCACCAAGCUUACACCACUCUGCUAAUUAAACAACUCUUAAUCAGACAAUCCCUGGUAAGUAGUGUGAUUAAUUUCCUCAGUACUAGAGAGAGAGAGAGCUCAAGGCAAGGCAUGUGCAUGGAUCUAACCUUAAUUAACCAGAAAAAUUUUAUCAAACAUGAGUAGGACUAAUAUUGUUAGGGCUUUAGUAGGAUUAAUAUUGUUAGGGCUUUAAUUUCUUAUUGUUAGGGCUUUAGUUUCUUAUUGUAUGUUUUCUUUCUUCCUUUUAACUACUUCUGUAUAAAUUUAUCAUUUCUAUU